ACUAAAACGGUUAGUCUGUCAAGCUGCACUUUCAAUACUGUAGUUACGUUAUUUGUGUUAAUAUCAAUACUGAAUUUCUAAAAAAUGUGUUAUUUUUUUAAAACAGGCAAAAAAUGGAUGAAUAUUAUUUUGGCAAGUAUAUAGUACAGUGUGAACACAAAAGUUAAUCAAAUAGUUGUCCGCUAAAAUAUCGUUUAUUUUUUAUCAAUAUGAUUUUAGUAUUAUAAUAUCUAGUAUGCCAUUAUAAUAAUAAAUGUAGGUAUAUGUAUAGUAUAUGGUAUUUCCGGUAAUUGCCGUGGCAUGGUAUUUACGGUAAGAAUGGUAAAUACCGAAUCAUGGUUUUCAGGUAUCAAAAAUUCCACGGUCUCUAGUUUAGUAGAAAAUGAAGAGCAGCGAAAAAAUGAAUAUUAUAUUUGAAAAAAUACUCACGCAUUUUAUAAAAAAUGCUACUCACUGAGAACCUGAUUUACAAAAAAAUCUGAAACUGUCUUUGUUUGGGUUAUCAAAUAUUAUAAUUUUAAAUUAAUGUGGAAUAGGUAUCAUACAAUAACAUAUACAACUAAAGAUGUGUGUGGAUAUAACCCUCCCAAUCCACUAAAAAUCUUCCAAAAUAUUUGAAACAACAAUUUUAGAUUAAUUUAUAAUUUAUAGUAACCAACUUUUAUGAUUUGUGACUUCAUGAUCAAACGUAAAAACUGAUUUCUCAAUGAGGGGAAUCUUCACGUGAUCCCCCAGACAUUAACCAAAUGAAAUAAAUGAAAUUUCUAAUAUUUUUUUUAAAUUGUAACAAUUAAUUUUAUCUAAUUUUUUUUAAUUUGCACCUAUCUGUAUCAGAGUUAUGCCGAUUUCUAGAUGGCGGUGCUAGCCCUCGCCUCAAGUCAACUACAUUUAUUUAAAAACAUUUAUAACUCAUUAAGCUUAAUCUGUAACCAAUUGUAAUUGACUUUUUAAAAUUUGUAACCUCAAGGUACCAAGUUUAUAGUUAGUUAUCCAAGUAGGACUUGACACUCCAGCCGACUAAAACUAUUUUAAAACCUUUGUUGUUUAUUAAGCUUUAUUGUACCACCUUGUAACCGACAUUUUUAAAUUUGUAACCUCGGUGUACCAGAGUUACGACCAUUUCCAAUUAAUGAGAGGACUAGCCCCUGUUGUAAAAGUAAUAUGACAUUUACGGUUAAAAAUAUAUAGACAGUCUUCCUGACCACUAUCUUGUCACUGUGAUUUUAAUAAUUGUAUUAGUAAUGUGAUGCUGCCAAUCUAUUUAUUUUUGAGAUUAAUUUGAUAUUAUUAAAUAAUAUCAUAGUCAGUUAAAUUAUUUAUAUUUUUAUUAUCAAAAAAACAUUUUUAACCACACCUGUGGUUAAAAUAGGUAACAGUCAACACUAAGUGGCUACGUAUAUUUAGAUGCUAUUAUUUUAUUACCUAACUCGGAUUCAUCCAUAACAAGCCCCAAUACUGGUGGCGUGUAAUGAUUAUUGCAUCAAAAUAUAUGUACCUUGCAUAUACUAUAUUGUUUCGAGAUCAAUAUGGUCCAUAUUCCAGGGCAAAAAUGUCCAGAUAUUUCUUUGAAAAAAAUGUUUUACCGUUACGGAAAUGAAAGUUAGUGUAGAGAACUCGUCACUUAUAGUUAAGUGAUUAACUCACUAUAGUUCAUAAUAUAUAAUAUUAAUAUAUGCAUUAUACGUUUGUAUAUUACAUAAAUUACUAUUAUUCGUGAUGACAUAAUCGCAUACUUUUAGUCUCCAGCUUACUUGUAUUUUUAAGUCUAAUUGUGUGCACUUCUUUUUCUCUUGUACUUAAAAUCGUUGUGUGCUCGCUUCUUGUGCUUUGGCAUUCGAUGGAACUUACCUAUUGUAGUUUUUUGAUCAGUUCUUUUCAAUUUGUUUUGGGGCAUAUUUCACGUGAGUACUGAAACUUGGAUUGUUGUUAUCACCGUGCUCUCGUUCCUAACUUCCAGCAUCAGCUGUUUUCUGGAGACUUUAACGGCGAUUAUAGAUCUACCGUACCUCUGCACACAGUCUACGAAAGAGUUUAACACUGGUAUCCUUUUAUAACCACCGCUACAUUGAGCACAACUGUAAGCUAGACUAGUAAAACUACUGUUGAAACUUCUCAAAUAUUAUGUUGAUUCAACUCAUGAAUGCUUUAAAUUUCAUAAGCAAAUCCAUAGGUACAUUUCUUCCUUUAACUUGGAGCAAACUUUUUCUGAUCACGAUCUAAACUCCUCUGUUUAUGCGUUAUAUAAUGCCCUCCAUUUCACUGUACUCAAAUACGUUCCUAAGUCCAUCAAGUCAAGGUUUCCUACAUGGGUCUCCCAGCGCACGAAGGAUCUUAUUUUCCAAAAGAAAAGACCACAUGCAAUUUGUUAAAAUUCAUUAAGUCCCUUCUGGUAAACUCCCCAUUUCAUCUGCUGUCACUCAAGGUGGCCACCUGUCCUCACUACUGUUUUUUAUAUUUUUAAAUAGUAUUAACCAUUCAUUAAAGCACGCAGGGCUCCUAGCGUUUGCAAAUGGUAUAAAAGCGUUUAAUCGUCUCGACUCUAUAAACGUCUGUUUAAGUAACCCAUUUGGAAAUGGACAUAACUCUGAUACAGUGAGAUCACAAAUUUUAAAAAGUUGGUUUCAAAUGAUUAAAAAUUAAAAGGAAACUUAUAAAUUUAAUUUCCAUCGAUUUGAUUAAUGGAUGGGAAGGGGGCUUGUCGUGAAGUUAGACCCUCAUUGACAAACUAGUUUUAAUUUCUGAACGAUGAAGUUCAAUUUUUAAAAAGUUAGUUACAAUAUAAGUUACAAAUUAAUAAAAAUUGGGUUACAAAUAUUUUUAAGUUUUUUUGGUGGUGGGGUGCAAACUUCACACACGUCAAUUAAAAUUAUUAAAUCAUUAAAAUAUAAUACGUUUAUUAUGUAUUUAUAGUGAAAAAUAUGUACACAAAUGCCGUUAAAUCAUACAAUCUUGGUUUAGAACGUAAAGAAGAUAGAGACAAACUCCUUCGUGAAUGGGACGAUUUAGGAAAUAAAGAAGAUAAAAAAACCCUAAAAAGAAAAUACUAUGAGAAUAUGUUAUCUAAUAUCAACAAAAAAAAGGAUUGUAAGUAUUCUUAUGCAAAAUAAUUAAUUAUAAUAUUAUGACUGUGUGCAGUGGGUGACUCUCCUACUGUUAUAUCUAUUUACGUAAAAGAUAUAUUUUUUUAUAUAUUGAUUUUAUUAUUGAAUAAAAUUUUUUU